AAACAUUCUUUUCUGCCAGGUUAAAAAUCUGCAAACUGAAUUUUACUUUGUUUGGAUGGACUGAACAGCAAACAGGAAUACGCAUAAACUUUAUGUAACAAUACUUCUAUCAAUCAUUACAUCCAACAAAUAUAAAAAGUCCAAAAGUCCUGAAGGUGUCUCCACAACACUGUUAUGUCAUGUUCAUGUCAUCAAAUCCAGCUCCAAUUCCAUGUCUUAUUAAAACAAAUGUAGACAAUAUGACAAUUCUACCAACUCAACCACAAAAACUGAGAAAAAAUUUGAUUAAACUUUUGCUCCUGCUGUCUUGAUGUCCAACCCACAGCUUUUACUAAAAAUACAUGCCUAUCAUUGCAUCUGAUCUGAUUCAAAUAGUAAAUCUCACCCCUCUGAUCAGGUGUUUUCCCCCAGGCUUUAAAAACAGAACCACUGAUAAAAAAAGAAAAGAAAAAAAGAACAAUUUGGACAAAUAAUUAAUGUAGAACCACAGGCUGAUCUCCAACCUUCCAUUCAUCAGCAAAAUAAUUUAAAAAGCUGUUUUUUCAGCAGAAAAAUGGUUUAUCAAUGGCCAAUCGCUUUGACGUCUUUCAGUCCGAUGUCAGUCCACAGUACUAAGACUGUCCUAGUCAAAGAGUUCAACGACAUCCAUAUAAACACAGACUGUGGAAGAACCACAGUGCUGGUUCUGUUGGAUCUCAAUGCAGCAUUUGACAUUGUUGACCAUUAGAAAGCAAUUGUAUAGUUGGAUUGGACUCUGGUACAGUACUUAAACUUGACAGAAGAGGAAUUUAUUAGUUUCAAUAGAUAACUUCUUAUCGGAGCAGACAGAAGUCACAAGUAGGGACCCCUCCUGUUUAAUAUCUAUAUACUCCCAUUAGCUCAGCUUAUAACGAGAGACAAGUUCUGUUACCAUAACUACGGAGAAAAUACACAGCUCAACAUUACCAUGUCACCAGGUGACUCUGAACCCAUCCAAGCAUUUACGGUGAAUGAAACAAAACUAAUCAAAUCAUAUUUGGACCUAAAGAAGAAAACAUGAAGAAUAAGAUUCAGUUAUUACAACAAUCAGGGUGAAAUAUAGGAAUAGCGAUGGACUCAUACCUGAACCUUCAAGGACACAUAAAGACAGCUUUCCAUCACCUGAAGAACAUUUUUAGGAUUAAAGAACUAAGGUCUCAGUUAUCACUGAAUGAUUUACCACUAAAUUACUUUAAAGACAAGUUGUCAUAUUUAGCUUUCAGUUCUUCUUCAGGUCUUCUGAGUCAAGUCUGCUCUGCAUCCCCAAAAUAAGAACUAAACAUGGAGAAAAAGCAUUCAGUUUCUAUGCUCCAGAAACUGCAAAAAUGUUGAAACACAAAGUUCCUUUAAAUCAAGGCUAAAAACCUAUUUGUUUAAGUGGACAAGUAAUAAGUAAAUUCUUAUUACUUCUCUUUAUUCUGCCAUUGUUUUGACUGAAGGCAGAAUUGCUUCAGUCAUAUAAAAAUAAACUUGACAAGACAUGCAAAUAAUAAAGACAUUCAAAAAGUUCUUCUGAUCUGAAGAUUAUAGACAAACAUGACAUCAAAGUUGUUAAAAAACAAAAUGAAACCAUGGAGAGUCCCUCCCUGUUUUCACAACAGUUCAGUUCUGACAUUUCCUGGUUCCUCCUCUCGCACUAGUCUUGACAGGUCGAGUUUAGCGAAAAACUCUGCUUUGAAGAAUGCGAUUAGCAAAGUCUUACUGCGGAAGAUAAGAGGAAGAAAACUGACUUUUUAUAGGAAACUUUUACAAGAGAAAGUAACAUAGACAGCAACAGUAGUUGUUUAGAGAUGAAAUGGCACAACCAGGAAGUCUUGUGGAUUCAAUGAAAUUCUUUUGUUCGAUCUGUCGGGAUCUACUGAAGGAUCCGGUGACUAUUCCCUGUGGACACAGUUACUGUAUGAACUGUAUUAAAGACUGCUGGGAUGGAGAAGAUCAGAGAAGAAUCCACAGCUGCCCUCAAUGCAGGAAAGAGUUCAUACCAAGACCUGAACUGGUGAAAAACAUCAUGCUAGCAGAGUUGGUGGAGGAUCUGAGGAAGACUGGACUCCAAACUGCACCAGUUGAUCACUGCUAUGCUGGACCUGAAGAUGUGGCCUGUGAUGUCUGCACUGGGAGGAAGAUGAAAGCUGUCAAAUCCUGUCUGGUCUGUAUGGCUUCCUACUGUAAGAAUCAUCUUCAACCUCACUAUGAAUCACCUACGUUUAAAAAACAUAAUCUGGUUGAAGCGUCUACUAAACUUCUGCAGAACAUCUGCUCUCGUCAUGAUGAGGUGAUGAAGAUCUUCUGUCGUACUGAUCAGCAGUGUAUCUGUUAUCUCUGCACUAUGGAUGAACAUAAAGGCCAUGAAACAGUCCCAGCUGCAACAGAAAGGGCUGAGAAGCAGAAGAAGCUCCAGGAGAGUCGACAACAAAUCCAGCAAAGAAUCCAGGACCAAGAGAAAGAUGUGAAGCUGCUUCAACAGGAGGUGGAGGCCAUCAAUGUCUCUGCUGAUAAAGCAGUGGAGGACAGUGAGAAGAUCUUCACUGAUCUGAUCCGUCUCCUCCAGAAAAGAAGCUCUGAUGUGAAGCAGCAGAUCAGAUCCCAGCAGGAAACUGAAGUGAGUCGAGUCAAAGAUGUUCAGGAGAAGCUGGAGCAGGAGAUCACUGAGCUGAAGAGGAAAGACGCUGAGCUGGAGCAGCUCUCACACACAGAGGAUCACAACCAGUUUCUCCUCAACUACCCCUCACUGCCAGCACUCAGUGAGUCUACACACUCCAGACAUAAAAUUCAACCCCGGAAAAACUUUAAGGAUGUGACAGCAGCUGUGUCAGAGCUCAGAGACAAACUCUUGGACAUCCUGAGACAGAAAAGGACAAAAACCUCUCUGACAGCCAUCAAAGUGGGCGUUCUACAGUUAGAGCCAGAACCUAAAACCAGACAUGAUUUCUUGAAAUACUCACAAGAAAUCACUCUGGAUUCAAAUACAGCAUACAUAGAUCUGUUAUUGUCUGAGGGUAACAGAAAAACUACAUUGAUGAAACAACAACAGUCUCAUCCUUAUCAUCCAGAGAGAUUCACUUAUUAUGAUCAGGUUCUGAGUAGAGAGAGUCUGACUGGACGUUGUUACUGGGAGGUGGAGUGGAGAGGGGAAGGAGUUCGUCUAGCAGUUGCAUACAGAAGCAUCAGACGUGGAGGAGGGUCAGAUGAAUCCGCAUUUGGACGAAACGAUAAAUCUUGGGCUUUACGUUGUGACAAAAAUAGUUAUCAAUUUUGGCACAAUAACAUUGAAACUCCAGUAUCAGGUCCAGUUUCCUCCAGAAUAGGAGUGUACCUGGAUCACAGUGCAGGUAUUCUGUCUUUCUACAGCGUCUGUCUUUCUACAAUGACUCUCCUCCACAGAGUCCAGACCAGAUUCACUCAGCCUCUGUAUGCUGGGGUUUGGCUUUUUAACUAUGGAACCACAGCUGAGUUCAUUAAAGCCAAAUAGAACAAAUCCAGGGACAGAGGGUUAGUUUGGGAUCACCUGUGAUUUGACACCAUCGUAUGUCUGUGAUUUGUAGACAUACUGAUGUUUGUAUGUCUGCAAACAUCUGUAGAACUUUUUAAUUAAUUUUAGAAAAAGUAGUGUAAUAAAUAAGUCAGAUAAACAUUUUAUUCUGUAUUUGCUUUUGUGUGUGUACUGAUAAUGAUUUAAAUGUGUGAAGUUAACCUCAGAGCUCCUACUGAAACUUUCGUCAGUCAUAGUUCAACUCGACUGAUAGGAUUCAACAAACCAGAUGGUCUUAGAUGUUCAGAGAUGAUCGAGCCUUUAUCAUGGAUAUAAUGUACAAAUUCAAAUAAAAUUUAAAAAAUCAUUGUUUUCAUAGCUCACAGUUCUAUUCAAUGGUAUUUAAUUCAGGUUAAUCUGGGAACAUUAAAGUAUAUUCAUAACAUG